AUGGCUUUCCGAAGCACCGAGGGAAUGUCUAUGAUCCAGGCUCUGGCCAUGACGGUGGCGGAGAUCCCCGUGUUCCUCUACACAACCUUUGGACAGUCCGUCUUUUCCCAGCUGCGGCUGUCCCCGGGCCUGCGGAAGGUGCUGUUCGCCACGGCCCUCGGCACGGUGGCCCUGGCCCUGGCUGCUCACCAGCUGAAACGACGGCCCCGGAAGAAGCAGGUCUGCCCAGAGAAGGGAGGCGCGAAGCCGGGGAUGGUCCCCGUCCCCAUCCUCCUGGCCAGGAGGGUCCCCUCGGUGAAGAAAGGCUACCCGGGUCGCAGGGUCCAGAGUCCCGGCAGCAAGAGCAACGACACGCUGAGCGGCAUAUCGUCUAUCGAGCCCAGCAAGCGCUCGGGCUCCUCCCACAGCGUGGCCUCGAUGGUGGCCAUGAACUCCUCCAGCCCAACGGCAGCUUCCUCGGGGCCCUGGGAUGCCAGAGUGGCGGAAGAGUCUGGGGCCAUGGGGGAUGCCAAGGCAGAGAAUCUCUACAUUCAAGGAAUGGAGCUGUUUGAGGAAGCCCUGCAGAAGUGGGAGCAGGCACUGAGCAUUGGGCAGAGAGGAGACAGCAGCAGCACCCCGACCCCUUGGGACAAUCUCAGGAGCCAAGAGACCAUCUCGGAGAUCCUGUCGGAGCCAGAGUCCCAGAAAAAGGAGUUUGCUGAGAAGCUGGAGUCUCUGCUGCACCGAGCUUAUCACCUCCAGGAAGAAUUUGGUUCCACGCUGCCGGCAGACAGCGUGCUGCUGGACUUGGAGAGGACGCUUUUGCUGCCGCUGACAGAGGGCUCGCUGAAUCUGCGCGUGGAUGACGAAGAUAGCCUGGCCUCUGAGGACUCUUUCUUCUCUGCCACCGAGCUCCUGGAUUGCCUGCAGAGCGGAGAUCUCCCGUUCCAGCUGUCCAGGCCGGCGGCGGCCUACGAGCAGGCCUUACAACUGGUCAGGGAAGGGAAGGUGACCUGCCGGACCCUCAGGACUGAGCUCCUGGGCUGCUACAGCGAUCAGGACUUCCUGGCCAAGCUGCACUGCGUCAGACAGGCCUUCCAGGGUCUCCUGCAGGACGAGAACAACCAGCUGUUCUUUGGGGAAGUUGGGAAGAAGAUGGUGACAGGACUAAUGACAAAAGCUGAGAAGAACCCCAAAGGCUUCCUGGAGAGCUAUGAGGAGAUGCUGAGUUACGCCCUGAGGCAAGAGACUUGGCCCACUACACAGCUGGAGCUGGAAGGACGAGGGGUUGUGUGCAUGAGCUUCUUUGACAUCGUCCUAGACUUCAUCCUCAUGGAUGCCUUCGAGGAUCUGGAGAACCCACCCUCCUCCGUGCUCGCCGUCCUGCGCAACCGCUGGCUGUCCGACAGCUUCAAGGAGACGGCCCUGGCCACUGCCUGCUGGUCCGUCCUGAAAGCCAAGAGGAGGCUCCUGUUGGUGCCUGAUGGCUUCAUCGCCCAUUUCUACUCCGUAUCGGAGCAUGUUAGCCCCAUCCUCGCCUUUGGCUUCCUGGGGCCCAGGCCGCAGCUCUCCGAGGUCUGCAGCUUCUUCAAGCACCAGAUCGUGCACUACCUGAAGGACAUGUUUGACCUGGACAACGUGCGCUACACCACAGUGCAGGCGUUGGCCGAUGACAUCCUGCAGCUGUCGCGGCGGCGCAGCGAGAUCCUGCUGGGCUUCCUGGGGACGGAGCCCGGGCGGGAGAUGAACGGGACGCUGCCCGGAGGGAACGGGCUCACGGAGGAGCUCCUCUAGCCACACAACCCCAGCCCGUGGAAGCAGGAGGAUCGGCUCCCCUUCUUCGUUUCUGGAGUGGGGCGAGAGAGGGGCCGUUCCUCUCCCCGGCGACCCCCCACGGGGCCGGCUUCCGCCUCGGCCACCGGCCCGGCUGGCGGUCUAGACGCUCCUUUCGCUGGUAAGGCGGGGGCGGCUCAGACCGGGUGAUUGUCUCUCCUUUUUCUCUUUGGUCGUGACCCAAGACCAGAAGAACCAGCAACGAUCCCUCUCCCACUCCUCUGUGGGCUGGUAGGGACCCGAAUUCCUCUCUCCUCUGAAACCAGUACCUGGGGGCUCCCUGAAAGCUAGACUAUAAGCCCGUUGCGGGCAGGGAGCCUGACUGUUUGUUGUUGUACUCUCCCAAGCGCUCUGCACACAGUAAGCGCUCAGUAAAUACGACUGACUGACGGACAGACCUGCUCAGGCAGUCAAAUCUGGGCUUUGGGUCUCUGUCGGAUGAGAGGGGAGGAAGGGAGCCGUUUCAGAGGAUGGAGCGGAAGCCGUCGAAAUGGGAGUCGAAGGGGUGAGGACGUUGGUCUCCCCCAAUGGAGGAGGUGUGGUGUUUGGGGUGCCACUGGAGGACAAAGAAACAAGCCAACCUCUCUUCCCAAGUCGAGCCCGAGCCGGGGAAAGCCAACUGGAGGGUUAGGGGAGAGGAUGAGGCUAGGGAUGGCCUUGUGCAUGCAGAAUAGAGACGCCAAGAGGUCGUUGCCGCUCUGUGAGAUGUAACGGGGCAGGAGGAACCAGCCAGGCCUGGCGGGGAGCUAAGGAAGGAGA